CUAGGGAGUAGUGACCUCUGUACAUCGCUGUUGUGAGUGCCUCUGUGACAAGCUGAGCCUGCUGCAGUACCAGAGUACCUCGAGUAUUAUUGCCUGUAAGGAGCUGCUAAGAAACUGGCCAAGAUUGCGGAGAACCAUGCGAUCCCACGAGCCUCGCGAUCGCCGACCGUAUGUACUCAGCUUCUGCGUUGUUCAUGAUGCUCCUGGCUGCUGCACGCCAAUAAUAAAAAUACUUCGGUCACUUGCUGUCGUAUUCAACGUGCAAACGCUGGAACGGGCGGAAAACAACGCAGUGUCGUUGAGGUGGCGUCGUGGCGACGAUGCAACUGUGUGCGGCGAGGAUUCCAUCUUUGCUCAAGCUUGCUUCCGGCUGUCCGAGGAGUAUAGCUCAAAGCGGCCUGGCUUGCCCAGUCUGCACCUUAGACGGAGGAGGAGGAGGAGGAGAACACGGCUGUGGCAGUAGUCUUGCAAUAGCCUUGGCAGCAAGGUCAGACACUGGUUGUCACUCUGGAGUCUCUUGUCAUCAAGUGAACUAGGAGAUAGCCCUCCAGACUUUACAGUAGAGUUUGCAUCCUGGCCAUGAAGCUCUUUGCCCCUAUGCGAGAACCACCUGACUUCCCUGCAGAGCCAUUGAGAAUUAUGUACAGCUCUUGGUGGCCACGGCUCUGAACACCUUUCGG